AUGGUUGAUGACGACUACCGGAAGGCAAGAAAGUUUGAAAGUGGGUUGCGUGGACCGAUACAAGACCGCGUCAACAUGCUCAAUAUGCCGACGUACGCCGGAGUGCUAGACAAGGCUAUCCUAGCUGAAGCUAACUUGAACCGAUACCAGAGUUCGAGUGAGGGCCAGAGAAAGAGGCAGAAUUAUGAUAAUCGCCGAGUUCCGUUCAGUGCCAAGAAGAAGAUCAAUGUGGACAGUUCCAGCAACUCAAAUCAGGAAGGAGCUGCUAAGCCGUUGUGUACGAGUUGUGGGAAGCUGCAUUUUGGGGUCUGCCGUUGGGCGACAGGGGCUUGCUAUGAGUGUGGCGAGAUAGGCCAUCGUGUGAAAGACUGCCCGAAAGCAAGGACCGAUGAUGGAAAGAGGAAUGGAAGCACCUCGGGCUCUGUGCAGAAGAAUAACAUCGGGGGAAUACAGGCGAGACAGGGCAGAGUUUUCGCACUAGUGCCAGGAGACGCCCAGAAUGCUGAAGCAGUGGUGUCAGGUACCAUUUCAAUUUGUACUCAAGAUGCAUACGUAUUGAUUGAUUCGGGUUCUACGCAUUCAUUUGUAUCUACCUUAUUCGCCGAGAAGUUGGAUAGGGAAUUAGAACCCCUUGAAUAUGUAUUAUCUGUGUCUACUCCAUCUGGGAGAAACAUGAUUGUCGCAUCCAUUUAUAGGGCGUGUGUUGUUAUGAUUGAGGGUGUAGAGUUGUUAGUCGAUUUGAUGCCCUUGAGCAUGACUCAUUUCGAUGUCAUACUGGGGAUGGAUUG